AUGGCGGAGGGCAGCCUCACGGAGCACCCUGCCUCCGGAGAUGUGGCCCAGUCCGGGGUGGAGCCCCCCGACAGCGACUACGACGGCCCAACGUUCGCGGAGAUGGACCCCAGCGGGAGAUAUGGCAGGUUCGAUCAGGUCCUGGGGCGCGGGGCCUGCAAGGUGGUGUACAAGGCCUUUGACACCCAGGAGGGCAUCGAGCUGGCCUGGAACCAGGUCCGCGGCAUGGAGUUCAUGAACAACAAGGACGCGGAGAACCGGGAGGAACGUGAGCGCAUCUUCGCCGAGGUGCGCGUGCUCAAGGCGCUGAAGCACAAGAACAUCAUGUCCUUCAGCGAUUCGUGGUACGACCCCCGCGCCGGCACCAUCAACUUCAUCACCGAGCUGUUCACCAGCGGCACGCUGCGCCAGUACCGGCGCCGGCACCGCCACACCGACCCCGAGGUGCUCAAGGGCUGGGCCUGGCAGAUCCUGUGCGGCCUGGUCUACCUGCACGGCCACAACCCGCCCAUCAUCCACCGCGACCUCAAGUGCGACAACAUCUUCAUCAACGGCUCCGACGGCGUGGUCAAGAUCGGCGACCUGGGCCUGGCCACGCUGCUCCGCUCCCGCACCGCGCCCCAGUCGGUGCUGGGCACGCCAGAGUUCAUGGCCCCCGAGCUGUACGAGGAGGAGUACGACGACCGCGUGGACGUCUACUCCUUCGGCAUGUGCCUGCUGGAGCUGAGCACGCUGGAGUACCCCUAUGCGGAGUGCAAGAACGCGGCCCAGAUCUACCGCAAGGUGUCGCUGGGCGUGCGGCCCGCGGGUCUGCAGAAGGUGCCCCCGGGCCCCCCUCCUCCGCGCUGA